AACGAUUGAAGCGCUCCCUGUCCUUCAAAUCUGUCAUGCGUAGCAAGAGUAUGGACAACUUUUUCCAGCGCAAUAACGGCGAAUCCCGCCCUCCCUCCGCCCUCAUCACUUCCCCUACAGCCCUGCCAUGUCCUCCUCCCCCCAUCUCCUCCUCCCCUCUGGCCUAUGAGCGCACUCCGUCCCAUUCCCCGACCACCAGUCCCAACCUCUCACUGUCAUCCCGCUCACCUUCCAUCAGCCCCUCGCUGUCUAUGCCCUCCAAAAACCAGCUAAAGUCUCCGGUGCAGCCGCUCAAAACCCACUGUUUCCAGGAGCACGUCUUCCGCCGGCCCACCAGCUGCCAGGGGUGCAAACAUAUGAUCCAAGGUAACUCCAAGCAGGGGCUGCGCUGUCGAGCCUGCAAGCUGGCGACCCACCUCUGGUGCUCCUCUGAGCUCUCCCAGCAGCCCUGCAAUGGAAAGUCAGGAGCCUUCAAGAGAAACUUCAGCUCCCCUCUGUUAACCGCGGACACGCUGGGAGUGGUCCGAGAGGCCCCCGCUGCUCAGGAGGCAGAUAACAGCAGUGUUGACCCUGUGUAUGAGGCGCUGCGCUAUGGGACGUCGCUGGCUCAGUUGAGCCGCUCCAGCUUCAGCAGUAUCUCAGAGUCGCCUUGUGACGAGGAAGAAAACCUGCCAGACAUUCUGGAAAACCAGCCGAUCGCUGAAGAGGAGCCCAUCCCAGGAAUGCUCACCCCUCCUGAAAGUGAGAAGGCUGAUUCAGAAGACAGAGUCAGCCUGAAGACUCCUAAGAAAGUGGAGGUGCACUCCAUCCACACAUAUGUGGCUCUCUACAAGUUCCUGCCUCAGGAGAAGAACGACUUGGAGCUACAGCCUGGCGACAGAGUUCAAGUCACAGAUGACUCCAACGAGGACUGGUGGAAGGGGAAAAGCAGAGACAAGGUGGGAUUGUUCCCGGCCAAUUUUGUGCAGCGGGUCCGCCCUGGUGAGCGUGUGUGGAAGGUCACAGAUGGUUUCCAUGGCAACAGAGACAAAGGCCAGAUGACUGUAAAAGAGGCCCAGAUCUGUGUGGGGAAGAACGAGGAGAUUGACGGUUUCCUCCGGCUGAGCAGCGGGAAGAAGAGGGGCCUCGUCCCUCUGAAUUAUCUGUUAGAAAUAUGACGACUUCUCCUUGACCCUCAGUUUGAUAAAGAAAUUCACAAUGAUGACGGAGGAAUACUCAGGAGUGUUUACCCGACACCUCACUGACCGCAAACCACCCACCUCCAUCACCUCCAAAAAGUGGCCGUGAAUUAGCAGCGGAAGUGGGGGAAACUCCACAACUUUGCUUUUUCACUGCAGAAGCUUUUAAGACUCAAAGGAGGCGGGGAGGGAGGGCUACUUUUCUUGUAGCACAACUUUACUUUGUGUGGUUUUAUACACACUCACAACAGAAAUGUAGCAUCAUGUUGAAGAGGAUAGUGUGCAGGAAGUCUGGCUACCUCACUAGCCAUUUCCAUUGGUCACCCGUCGAUUGGACUUCAUUACUAUGAUGUCAAGGCGUGUCCAAGCCUUGUGAGUCUCCAUUUCACUGUUCGUGUAGAGAAAACAAAAGAGAUUGUGAAAGAUUGUAGCUGUUUAUUGUAGUGGCUUGUGCAAUACUUGUUGGUUGUUUCAAAAAACCUUUAACAGUCAAGUAGAUUCGCCUAAAGGGUAAAUAAACCAUGUCGAUCCAGUUUUGUAUGUGCAGAAUGCAGCACGGCUGGAUUCAGGAUAUGUGUCUGUCCUGCUCCGAAUAUAAAAUGAUUCAGGUAAUACAUUGUGUGUAAGAAAAACAUUUGAAAACAAAGUAUUCUCUGCUACAUCUAGGUCACAUGAAAGUCACACUCGCAUAUCACACACAAAUUUCAGACUGCUCUCCCGUGAUUGGAUUACUGUACAUUUUUGCUUUUCACUGCUCCUAUGUGACAAAUGCUUUGCAUGCACCUCUGGGAGCUUUUAUACGCACUUCAAUGACACUCUUUACACACACCCAUGUAACUUUCAAAUCAAACAAGAGUAUCUGCUUCCUGUCAUGAUAUCGUCAGCGUUGUUUAUCUCUUUGUAAAGUCCUGUAAUAAUGGCUGUCCGGUUUCGUACCACAGCGUGACGAUGGUGUGCCGUCUCUACUUUCUGAACCUUUACUUGCAUGGAAGAGCAGAGAAAAAAAGGUAAUUCAGGGGGAUGAAGGAAAACCAAACUUAGUGUUAUUUGUUAAAAAAGGUGGUGAAGUGUUUUCAAAUGUUCUGUCUCACAGAAGCCAUAUUCCAAACUGUUAAAAAAAAGGCUGAAGUGUUCAAGAAUGGCUUGUUUCUCCCAGCUUACUUUGCAUUAUUCUGAGGGACUGUUAUUUUGUCUGUUAUUUAAGGUGAGACACGGCAGAACACCACCACACAUCACUUGAUUUAUUGCUGUUUCAUUAUAAACCACAAGACAGUGACAAACUGCCUUGGUUGCGGCAAUAACUGUAAAUAAAGAUGACUGUAUUUGUAAAUAUCCUUAUAAAGAUAUUAAAUAUAUAAUAAUUCUGAAUAGCGCUCUGAUGAAGAGGUUUGCAGCUAUCCAGCUAAGGGCAUUAACCUCACAGUUAUAAACAACAGGAGAUCAUUAUUUAUUGUAUCCCACUUAACAAUGUAUGCAUCUCUUUGCUCAAUUAACACCCAGCCCUGUCAGCACAAAUCUUUUCAAAUACUAUGCACAACAGUUCUAGUCACUUACUUUAUUUUGUACUCAGCUUAUUUCCAGCGUAGCCACACAUGUGUCUGUAUAUUCCUGUGCUUUUGCCAAGAUUUUAAUUUGGACUCCAGCUUUUACAAAGUGUCCAUCCUUGGAUCAGCCUGCACCAUGCUGUUCCUGAACAUUACCUUCACUGGCUAGAACCAAGGGUGGCUCAGGAUCUGUAUAUUACCCAGGUGAUAUACCUUUCUCACCUCAAUGCACACUACCAGGCUAGUUCUUUGCAUGGCUAGCUGCUUUUUGAUCCUCACAUAUCUCAAUAAAGUCAGAUGAACUGUCA